AUGUCUAUGGCAGUCUCACACCCUAAUUUUCCUCAUGGCCUCGAUAUCAGACCCCUUGUGUCGGAACGCGAUGAGAACGGUCCGUUCAAUGCAGAAGCACAGAAGCAUGCGAUACAGCGAUUUGGAAUCGCUGGGAGAAUCUGGGAAGCUGCUCAGCUGAUGAUACGUUAUUUCGAAUUAUCUGCGUCUCCAGUCUGGCAGUUCGACCCACCAUGUUCAAUGAUUCAGAGGGAGUCUGACCGUGAGCUGACCGUCGUCGAACUGGGCUCUGGAACGGGUUACGUCGGUCUCAAGCUUGCCGAGCACCUAUCAGAAUUAAGCAGAGCGAAGGAUCUACUCGUGCUGACCGAUCUUCCUGACGUGUGUAUUCUACUCGAAGAAUCCCUGCAUGACGAGAGGCAAAGGUGGAUGACUUCACACCCCUUGGGUAAAGUACUCGUCCCCGUCAAGAUACUCCCGCUUCCGUGGGGAGCUGCUGCGGAGGGCUCCCGACUUUCUGCGCUACUAGCUAACGGAGAGUGCUCAACUAGUGUGCCAAGACGUCUAACACAUGUAGUGUGCAGCGACCUCGUCUACUUUCCUCAUCUGCUCGCUCCGUUACUCAGAACACUCUUGCAACUCACAUCUCCUCCAUUCGAACUUCCUGGCCAAUCAGCUGAACUCAUAAUUUCGUACAAGAUCCGGAGCCUGGUCAAGGAGUGCGCUUUUUGGUCUGCGUUCGGCCUGUGGUUUACAUUCGCUCCCGUACUUGCCCGCCUCGGAGACUGGCAUAUUUUUGGUGAAGAAAGCUUUGUUUUUGUGGGAUACAGACGUCCGGAAUCCCUGGAGUGGGUCAUUCCAGACAACGAUGAUGAUCUUCUAGCAGGUAUCGGUGCACUGGGAACAAGCAUGCCCAAAAGCGACGACACAUUUGAAACUCUGUUAUUGACACAAAUGAGCGUCUAA